UUUCAUCCAUCAGUGCAAAACAGAAAGUAUGUCACUCUGUUUGCAAUGGCGAUGAUGCUGCAGCUGAUCUUUGUUCUCUCCACUCUGAUCUCAAUCACAGUGUCCUGUGAUGAGUUCAGAUUGGUUGGUGGUUCUGUUCAACUGGACACACAGGAUCCUGUGCCAGACUUUGAUGACUUGUUCUGGGAGUUUAACAAAAUUAAUAAUGUUCUAAAAUAUGAAAAGAAAUCUAAAAAUAUUAUAUACUUUUCCGAUUAUAAAGGCAGAGUGGAGUUCAAUGAGGAAACCUACAGUCUGACACUGAAGAACUUACAGAAGACUGAUAGUGGACCGUAUGAAGCACAAGCAUCUGGUGACAAUGUCACCGUUGUUGCUGAGUACAGACUCUCUGUGUUGGAUCCAGUGGAGGCGCCAGUCCUGACUCACCAGCUAAGCAGAGACACCUGCAGCAUCACUCUCACCUGUAGAGGUCAUGACCUCUCUAUCAGCUCCAGCUAUUUCAACAAAACCUGUGAGGAGAAGGAAGUGACAUCACCUGAAGGUGUUGCUCUUUCCCUGUCUGUCAAUGGCAGCUCCAUCAUCUGUAACCAUAGCAACCCAGCCAGCUGGAAGAUAGAUGUUUUGGAGUUGAAAGAACUGGAACAACUCUGUGGUUUAACAGUGCGUGUCGUGGUUGGCGUAGUGGUUUUCAUUCUUAUUUUUGCCUUCAUUGUCAUAUGUCUUUACCUGAGGAAAAACAGAGGUCCCACACAACAGGAGAACACUGAUGCACAAGCAGGAAACCAGUUGAGUUCUGGAGACAACGGAGAGAAUGAGACCACGACAUAAGAUACACAGCAAGCUGAACAGAAUCAAGCAUGAAAAGUCACACGUGAUGCAGUUCCU